AUACACAUCAAACACACAAUCCAAACAAGCUAAGUACUAUACUAAUUUCCUAUCAGUUCUUCUUUACUCACAAGCAACAAACCAUGACUUCACCUGCUUGUGCAAAAAUCAUAGAUGAAAUUACAAGAAUUUACAAAUCACUACCACCAAGACCUUCCAUUUUACAAAUUGAAGCAGCAAUUUCUGUAAUCAAAUCAGUAGAAACUGAAGAACAAAUAGAACUUGAUGAAAUUUCCAAUAAAUUGCCACCAGAAAAUAAUGUUCCAACAGAGUUAUACUCUUUACUACAAGAAGUUAGAAAGGCUAUGGUAUUUUUUCAAAGUCAAGAACAUAAAAAAGAGGCUGUUCAGUUAAUUGAACUUGAUAAGACUUAUCAGAAUUUUGAUGGCUUAAUUCAUAAAGCUACAGAAUUGAUUUCUGAGGGGACCAAAGUGGAAAAAAUCAAUUCUUUUGAGGACCAAGUUGGUGAAACUGGAAGAAAAGAUCUGAUCAGUGAUGAGACUUUGAAGACUUCUGUUUCCUCAUCAGAGAUCAAGCACAAAGAGAAGUACAGUUUAAUGAAAGUGGCUGCCCUGAUUGAAAAUGCUGCCAAAACUAGAGCAACAGUUCUUGAUCUUCAUAACAAGUUAAUGGACAAGAUUGAAUGGCUUCCAUUGUCACUUGGGAAGUUGGUUAAUGUCACUGGGCUAAACUUUGCUGAUAACCAAAUUAUGGCUCUUCCAACUACCAUUGGUAGCCUUGAAUCCUUAACGAAGCUCGAUCUUCACUCAAACCAAAUUAUAAACCUUCCUGAUUCAUUUGGUGAGCUGCUCAAUUUGACUGAUCUCGACCUUCACGCGAACAGGUUGAAAUCGCUGCCAGCUUCUUUUGGGAACUUAGUAAAUCUGAUGAAUCUUGAUUUGGCUUCAAACCGGUUCACUCAUUUGCCUGAUUGCGUUGGGAACUUGACCUCCUUGAAGAGACUAAAUGCUGAAACGAAUCAGCUCGAAGAACUUCCUUACACGAUCGGAUUCUGCUCUUCCCUUGUAGAGUUGAGAUUGGAUUUUAAUCGGCUUAAAUCUCUUCCCGAGGCAGUGGGAAUGCUCGAAGGCUUGGAGAUUCUUACGCUGCACAUUAACAGAAUUAAAGGAUUACCAACGACGAUGGGGAAUCUUUCUCGCCUCAGGGAACUUGAUGUUAGCUUCAAUGAAGUUGAGAACGUACCCGAUACGUUUUGUUUCGCUGUUAGCUUGGAAAAGCUUAAUCUUGCGAACAAUUUUGCGGACUUGAGAACUUUACCAAGAUCAAUCGGGAACCUGGAGAAUCUUGAAGAGCUUGAUAUUAGCAACAGUCAAAUAAGAACGCUGCCUGACUCCUUCAGGUUCUUGUCAAAGUUGAAAACUUUUCGAGCUGACGAGACUCCACUAGAAGUACCACCGAGGCAAAUGAUAAAGCUAGGAGCUCAGGUUGUUGUAGAGUACAUGGCUGAUUUUGUAGCUACGAAUGAGCUUCAAUUGCAGCGGCCAAAGAAAAGGAGAGCUUUUUUUUCUCGAAAUUGCCUAUUUUUUGGCACUGAGAGGAAGAGGCGGAUCUAGAGCAGGUUCUGUGGGUUCCACUUAAUCCAUUGCUUUCUGGAUUGAAUUAUGUAUGCAUAUGUAAAAAAAACAUUUAGCACGUACUCAUUCUGAACCGGCUAGUUCUAGAUCUUGGAUUCGCAUCAGUGAGAGGUGUCGGAUACCUUCAGAAUCUAUCAAAGCAAUCCGGUUUCACGAUUUCUGUGUAUAUGCAUGUAUAAAAAGUUUCUCCAAACUGUAAGGAUAUGGCAGUUUGCUAGGAUACUGCAUUUACCACACAAUAUUGAACACUGCAAACAUGUAAAUACCGUUUCUUUAAGACUUAAACUGAGUGAAGAAAUUUUUCUCA